CGGCUUCAAGUCCCUGCUGAACUCCCAAGUACCACGCAAGACGGCACGGGAGACCCGGCGUGGGCAAGACUGCCAUCGUCGAGGCCUUGGCCCAGCAGAUUUACGGCGGAGAUGUUCCCGAAACCCUGCAGGGAAAGCGACUGGUUACCCUGGAUAUGGGCGCGCUGGUUGCCGGCACCAAGUACAGGGGUGAGUUCGAAGAGCGCCUCAAGGAGGUUAUCGAAGAGAUUAAGACCGCCGGCAAUUGCGUCCUCUUUAUUGAUGAGGUGCACACCUUGGUGGGCGCUGGCGCCGCUGAAGGCGCAGUUGAUGCCUCUAAUAUAUUGAAGCCCUCCCUGGCCCGCGGCGAAAUCCAAUGCAUCGGGGCCACCACCCUCGACGACUACCGCAAGUAUGUUGAGCGCGACCCCGCUCUCGAACGGCGCCUGCAACCGGUACGGGUAGAAGAGCCCAAUGGUGAUGAAACCAUUCAAAUUCUGAUGGGUGUCAAGGGUAACUACGAGGACCACCACAACGUUAACUUUACCGACGCCGCGAUACGCGCCGCUGCCACACUGGCAACCCGUUUCAUUCCUGACCGGUUCCUGCCCGACAAGGCUAUCGACCUCUUGGACGAAGCUGGCUCCCGUGUGCGCCUGCGGGGCAGCGUUACCCCUACGUCGGUCAAAGAUGCCAUGGAAGUACUGGACAAAGUCCGGCAGGAAAAAGGACGAGGCCAUUGCUUCCCAGCAAUACGAGGUUGCUGCUGAACUGCGCGACCGCGAGCUUAACCUGAACCAGGACCUGGACACUUUGAAAGAGGAGUGGCAGGAAGACCGGUCCAAGGGUCGCACCACCGUUACUGAAGAGGAUAUCGCGGAAGUGGUCAGCAUGUGGACCGGUAUUCCGGUAACCCGCCUGGCCGCGGAAGAGACUGAGCGGUUGAUCCACAUGGAAGAGGACCUGCACAAGCGCAUCAUUGGGCAGGACGAGGCCAUCGUAAACAUCUCCAAGGCAGUCCGCCGCGCUCGCGCCGGUCUGAAGGACCCUCGCCAUCCCAUUGGCGUGUUCAUGUUCCUGGGCCCCACCGGCGUUGGCAAGACCGAGUUGGUUCGGGCAAUGGCCGAGGUAAUGUUCGGCCACGAGGACAACAUGAUCCGCCUGGAUAUGUCCGAAUUCCAGGAACGCCACACGACAGCUCGCCUGAUCGGCGCACCUCCUGGCUACGUGGGUUACGACGAGGGCGGUCAGUUGACCGAGGGUGUCCGCCGCAAGAAUUACUGCGCUAUCCUGCUGGACGAGAUUGAGAAGGCCCAUCCGGAAGUCUUCAACAUCCUGUUGCAGAUCUUUGACGCCGGUCAAUUGACCGACGCCCGGGGUCGGCGGGUUGACUUCCGCAACUCCAUCAUUGUAAUGACCAGCAACUUGGGCUCCGACCUUAUUAAGCGGGAUACCUCCCUUGGUUUCGGCGUAAAGUCGGAAAAUGCCCAGUCAUCCCAGCAGUCCUACGAGCGGAUGAAGGGACAAGGUAAUGGACGAGGUCAAGCGCUUCUUCCGUCCCGAGUUCCUGAAUCGUAUCGAUGCCACGGUGGUCUUCCACCAGUUAGACCAGGAUCAGAUACACUCCAUUGUAGACCUGAUGAUCAGACUGGUGCAGCAGGAACUGGUAGACAAGAACAUCACUCUGGAAAUCACCGACGCGGCCCGUGUGCACCUUGGUGAAAAGGGCUUCGACCCCGUGCUGGGUGCCCGUCCGUUGCGCCGGGUUAUCCAGAACGAAGUUGAGGAUACCCUGUCUGAUGAAUUGCUCAGUGGCCGACUGAAUGACGGCGACACGGCAGUGGUUGAUUGCGAAGAUGACGUGAUUGUUAUCCGCGCCAAGGCACCGGCCAUGGAUCCGGCAACAGUUACUUCAGCCGACUAAACCCCA